UACCGACUCUGACAAAUAGAAUUAAUUGGUGAGUCAUAGAAAAUGAAUUGUUGACCCAUCUUCUCACUCUUAUUACAAGUUACAAACUCCUACUUCCAUGUGCGUUGACCAAGAGGCUUUUUUUGAGGGUUUUCAGUCAAACUUGCAAUUUUAUGAAUCUGUAACCUCCCUAUUCAAGCUCAUCCAUUUCCUUUAUGGCUCUUCUUCCAUCAUCAUCAUCAUCUUCUUCUUUUUCUUCUUCUUCUAAGAGAUGGAAAUUCGAUGUAUUUCUCAGUUUUAGAGGUAAGGAUACCCGCAAAACAUUUACAGACCAUCUAUAUACCGGUUUGAAACAAAAAGGCAUAUCUGUUUUUAGGGACGAUGAAAAACUCAAGCAGGGAACAUUCAUUGCCCCAGAACUCUUGAAAGCAAUAGAAGAAUCGAGGUUCGCGGUCAUUAUUAUAUCAAGAGAUUACGCUUCUUCGAAGUGGUGCUUGAUUGAGCUAACAAAGAUCGUUGAGUGCAUGGAAAUGACGGGAUUGGUAGUUCUACCUGUUUUUCACUAUGUAGAUCCUAGUGAUGUGCGGAAUCAUAGGGGGACAUUUGGAGAAGCCUUUUCUAAACAUGAAGAGAGCUUCAAGGAUAACAUAGGAUAUGUACAAACGUGGAAAACUGCUCUGACAAAAGUUGUUAAUCUUGUUGGAUGGGAUUUAAAGGAUAAGCAAGAAUCAAUAAUUAUACAAAAAAUCAUUGGAAGGAUACUUAGUGAGCUGUAUCACAAACUCCCAUGUGUUUCUAAGGACCUUGUUGGAAUGGACUCCUGUGUGGAGGAAAUGUUGGAUUCAUACAUAGGUGAAGGGUUGGGUGGUGUUCGCUUUGUUGGGAUAUGCGGGAUGGGUGGAAUUGGAAAAACAACCCUUGCACUUGAAAUUUAUAGAAGAAUUUCAGGUAACUUUGAAGCUAUAAGCUUUAUUGCUAAUAUUAGAGAAGAAACUAAAAAUCAAGGUCUAGUUUCUUUACAAAAACAACUUCUUUCUAAGAUCCUCAUGGGAAGUGAAAUAAAUAUAUGGGAUGCUUAUAUGGGAAUCAAUGUUAUAAGGAAUACACUAUGUAAUAAAAAUGUUUUUAUUAUUCUUGAUGAUGUGGAUAGAGAUGAGCAAUUAGAAGCAUUGGCAGGGAAGCAUGAUUGGUUUGGUCCUGGAAGUAGAAUCAUUGUAACAAGUAGAGAUAGCCAUUUAUUGAUAAGAUGUGGUGUGGAUUACAUAUAUACAGCCAAGGAAUUGAAUGAUGAUGAUGCUUUGCAGCUUUUUAGUUGGAGAGCUUUUCAUAAACCUCAUCCUGAAGAAAAUUAUGUGAAUUUGUCUAAGAACUUUGUGAAUUAUGCUAAAGGCCUUCCUUUAGCUCUUAAAGUUUUAGGUUCUUCAUUGUUUGCUAAAAGAUCGAAUGAAUGGAAAAGUGCCCUGUAUAAACUAAAAGAAGAACCUAAUAAAGACAUUUUGGAUAUACUUCAAAUAAGUUUUGAUGGGCUUACAAAUUCACAAAAAGGAUUGUUCCUAGAUAUUGCAUGUUUUUUCAAAGGAGAGAACAAAGAUAGCAUAAGAGAUGUAUUGGAAAGUUUUUGUUAUUAUCCAGACUAUGAUCUUGGUGUUCUUAUGGACAAAUCUCUCAUAACCAUUAAUGACCAUGGAACUUUGUGGAUGCAUGAUUUGCUGCAAGAUAUGGGUCAAGAAAUCGUUCGUCGUGAAUCUCCUAAAGAGCCUGGUAGACGUAGUAGGUUGUGGAUUUAUGAGGAUGUCAUUCAUGUAUUGAAGAAUAAUAAUGGAACAAAGGUAGUUGAAGGCAUAAUGCUAAAUAUACCUAUUCCAAAAGUAGAACACCUGAGUGCUAAAGCCUUCUCAAAGAUGAAAAAUUUGAGAUUGCUUAAAAUUAGUAGCGAGAAACUUCCAGAAGACUUCAUAAAUGGUACUAUGAAACAACCAAAAGUCCUCAUUAGAGGUAAUGUGCAACUUCCAAAAGAUCUUAGUUAUCUUUCUGAUGAGUUACGCAUUAUAGAAUGGCAUGGAUAUCCUUUUAAAUCUAUGCCAACUAGUUUUCAACCAAACAAACUUGUUGAACUCAGAAUGCAUUGUAGCUGCAUCAUACAAUUGUGGAAAGGAAUUAUGAUUUUAGAUGCAUUAAAACUUACGGAUCUAAGUGACUCUCAAUACUUGAUUGAGAUCCCAGACCUUAGUGGAGCUCCAAAGCUUAAGCAAUUGAUUCUUCGACAUUGUACAAGACUAUAUAAGAUUCACACAUCUCUUGGAGAUCUAAAACAACUUAUUCAAUUGGAUUUGAAUGGUUGCAAAUGUCUCGAAAUCCUUCCUCACAAGAUCAGCUUGGAAGCACUUGAAAUUUUCGAUCUUGGUGGUUGUUCAAAACUGAAGAAGUUUCCAAAUAUUGUAGGAAAUAUAUCACAUUUGUCGAAACUUUGUUUGAGUGAGACAACUAUAAAAGAUCUACCAUUAUCAAUGGAGCAUUUAACUGGCCUUAUUGAAUUGGAUCUAAGAGACUGUAAAAACCUUUCAAGUCUUUCGAAUGCAUGUUGUUGUUUGAUGUCUCUAAAAAUUCUCACUUUAUCUGGUUGCUCAAAACUUGAUGAAUUACCAGAGAAUUUGGGUAAUAUCGAAGGCCUAGAGGAGCUAGAUGUUAGUGGAACUGCUAUAACAAGACUCCCUUUAUCUAUUGUUCACUUAAAAAAUCUCAAAGUACUAUCUCUCUAUGGAUGUGUGGGGCUAUCAUCUAAAUCAUUUAGUAAGCUCCUAAGUUUUCCUUUAAUGCAACAAAAAAGAAAUCUUGAUUCCAUGGGCAUGUUAGAGUGUUGUUUACAAGGCUUAUGGUCUUUGACAAAACUGGAUUUAAGUUAUUGCAAUAUUCGAACGAUUCCUGAUGUUCUUGGGUCCUUGUCAUCUUUAGAAGUAUUAAAUCUAAAAGGAAACAAUUUUGUUUGCCUUCCUGAAAGUAUCAUUCAACUAUCUAAUUUGGGAGCCCUUUAUUUGGGUGGUUGCACUCAACUUCAAAUGUUGCCCAAGCUUCCAUUAAAUAUGAAUUUUAUCAAUGCAACAGGGUGUACCUCACUGGAAACAUUAUCAUUAGGUCUAGAAUAUGAUUUUUGGCCAAAUAUAUGUCUUUUCAACUGCGCCAAAUUGAUUUAUAAUCAAGGCAAAGGUGACUUGUUGUCAACAAUUCUAAGACAUUAUAUCAUUAAGGGAUGCUAUAACCCGAAUAGGUUCACAUUUCUCGCAAUUCCUGGAAGUGAAAUUCCAAAUUGGUUUAAGCACCAAAAGGUGGGGGCUUCAGUGAAUCUGCAAGUGCCUUCACAUUUAUUAUUAAGUAGCAAAUUUAUGGGAAUUGCUUUGUGCGCUGUUUAUAUAUUCCGCCAGCAUCAUCCACUUCACCAACUUCAUAUUAAAAAUUAUUGUACGCAUGAGCUUUAUUGUUCCAUUAAAGCCAACGGAUAUCAAUCUCCCGGAUUGUGGCUUCCUUUAUCGGAGGAAUUUGGUAAGAUUGAAUCUUAUCAUCUUUUGCAAGAAUAUUAUCCCUCAACACGCUUCGAAAGCCACUGGAAAGAAGUAUUGGAUGCUAAUGAAUUCCUCCAAAUUGAGGUUACAUUUGAAACCGAAGGUCCAGGCUUGGAGGUUACGAAAUGCGGAGCCCAUUUGAUAUUUGAGCAAGACAUUGAAGAUCUCAAUCAAACUAAGCCUGGGUCUAGCAGCUGCACUAUCACUCCUUAUUAUGAGGAUGAUGAUUUAGGCUAUUCAGAGAAAGAUACCAAAAUCAAGGAAAGUCGUGAUGAUGAACCACCCCACCCAAAAUGGAUAGAGCACCCUAAUCUAGUUGAAAACUGGAUUGGGAAUUCAUGCAUACAAGGACAAGGUGACUCUGAUUGUGAGUGAGGAAAGAG